UUUCUUAGUUAAAAUUUACUAUUUUUAAGAAUAACUGAGUGGGAAAUUUACUAAUGCAAUCUCUCACUGCAUUGUUUUUGUUAUAGGAAGAUGAUAUAUGGGCAAGUCAAUAUAGGAAGUCAUUGCUUGUAGUCUAUACAUUAUUCUCAAAUCCCCAAUAUUAAUAUAAUCGUUGCUUUUGCUUUCGUGCUACAAUAAAUGAAGAAGUAAAAGGAAAAAAUUCCAGUGAACAUAAACAUAAGGAUCUCAGUUAGACGCGCAACCGAAAAAAAAAAUCACUCACAAUGGAGGAAGGAUAAAGAAAUGAGCUUAACAAGCUCUAUUAUUGCCAACGCUUUUUUCAUCUGCUACAUUGUCCUUUUGUUUACUAUCUUUGUACGAUUUCUUUUAAGUUGAUACGAGCGUUAGAUUCACGAAUUUCUUGUAAAUUUAAUUUAGAUUAACUAUUUAUUACUAUUAGCCCAAGCAAAAAAAUCCAGUGGUUUUCUGUAUAUGUUACUACAAUGACUAGAACUGGAUAUAUUUGAUUUUGAAUUCUCUUCAAUUGAAAUUUUAAGUAUACAAUUCAAUUUUAAUUUAUAAAUUAUGGAAUAUUCCAGUUUUCCUUUAGGAGGGUUUAGUCGUUUUUUGUUAUACUCGUCAGGCAUUCCCAGCCUAAGCACACUCAUCCUCGACAUGUCACACUCACUGUAUAGAUCGGAGGACGUCUCUUUGGUGCAGUUAUACCUGCCAACAGAGUCCGUCAGGCCUGUAAUGUUGGCAUUGGGGGAAUUGUCAACUAUUCAUUUUAAAGAUCUAAAUAGAGAUGUUGUCGCAUUCCAUAGGUCUUUUGUUCGAGAGAUUCGACUUUUAGAUGAAGCUGAACGUCAACUACGUUAUCUUCAUUCAGAAAUAGCUCUAAACAGCAUCGAAAUUCCAGAUCAUUAUCAUACGACAAACUAUGAGAUUACUCUAGAGACGAUUACAAUCGAGGACAUAAUUGACAAGAUAUCUCGAUUGGAAGUUCGCGUUCGACAGCUAGUGGAGUCAAGUCGCAGUCUAAAUGCAAACUAUCUUCAACAACUGGAAUAUUCGAAUGUCUUGUCUAAAGUUGAUGCGUUUUUUGCAAAAAGCACUAAUGCCCAUAAUCAUUUUGAUAUCAAUACUGACAACGGAUCCGUUUUAGCCGGAGAAGACGAUGCUACUGCACCUCUUAUUGAAAACGCUUUAGAACUUGGCACUACAGGAUCUUUUAACAGCGAAGAUACUAAUGCAAGGACUUCUAUUUCACUCGAUUUUGUUACCGGUAUUAUCCCAUCUGUAAAGUUUCAGUUUUUAGAACGAAUUCUAUGGCGUACUCUACGUGGAAACCUAUAUAUCUAUCAAACACGUGCCGAUGAAUCUGUCAUUCGUGAAAAUGAAGAUGUCGAAGAAAAAACAGUGUUUUUAGUUUUUGCCCACGGUACUCAAAUCCUUUCGAGAAUACGUAGAAUUUCAGAAAGCUUAGGCGCUACUCUGUUCUCCGUUGACGAAGAUUCUUCCAUCCGCACAGGACAAGUUCAGCAAGUAAACGGAAAUAUUAGUGACAUUUUCGCCGUUUUGGAAAACACCCGAUCUGCUCUAUAUACAGAGCUUGCUUUCAUUGCAGAGCAUAUCUCUUCCUGGGAAUCAAUUCUGCAUAAAGAUAAAGCUGUUUACCAGGCUAUGAAUUUAUUUAGUUAUGAUCAAAACCAUAAAUGUCUAAUCGCCGAAGGAUGGUGCCCGACAGCUAACCUUCCUUUGGUGCAAAAGACACUCCGUGAUGUGUCCGAUUUGGUGGAUUCUCAAGCACCAUCUAUUUUAAAUAUCAUCCGCACUAAGGAGACACCCCCUACCUAUUUCCGAGUCAAUAAAUUCACUGAAGCUUUUCAAUCACUUAUUGAUUCAUAUGGUGUGGCUACUUAUCGCGAGGUAAAUCAUGGAAUAGUUGCUAUCGUCACAUUUCCUUUCUUAUUUGCUAUCAUGUUUGGUGACUUAGGUCAUGGAGCAAUAAUGGCUGCCGUGGCUUUAAUGUUUAUAAUGCACGAAAAAAAAUUGGCAACCAAGAAGGAUAUGGAUGAAAUAUUAGGUAUGAUUUUUUAUGGCCGUUAUAUGGUACUUUUGAUGGGUCUAUUCUCUAUGUAUGUCGGUUUCAUUUAUAACGAUCUAUUCAGUAAGCCAAUGUCUCUCUUCACUUCCCGUUGGGCAUGGCCUGUAAAGAGUGAAGAUACCAAUGCCAGAGCUAUUCAAACCGGCACAUAUCCCAUAGGUAUUGAUCCUGCUUGGCAUAGUGCAGACAAUAAUCUUCUGUUUAUGAAUUCUUAUAAAAUGAAAGUUUCUGUUGUUAUUGGUGUUAUCCAUAUGACUUAUUGCCUUUUUCUUUCAUUGUCGAAUUAUCGAUUUUUCAAACGCAAACUGGAUAUAUAUGCCGUUUUCCUUCCAUCUCUUAUAUUUUUGGAAGCAAUUUUUGGAUAUCUUGUCAUCACAAUUAUAUAUAAAUGGAGUGUUGAUUGGAAAGGCAAUGAUUGGCAGCCUCCUAGCUUACUGAAUAUGCUUAUCCUCAUGUUUUUAUCACCUGGAAAAAUCGAAGAACCUCUCUUUAGAGGUCAGAAACAAUUACAAAUUCUUCUUGUACUUGCUUCUUUAAUUUGCAUUCCAUGGCUCUUAUGUGUCAAACCUUACUUCCUAUGGCGAGAACAUAGCCAGCAGGAUGUCCGCUAUCAAUCAGUAAAUGACCCACAAAAUAUUGACGAAGAAGCCUUGCUGAAUACUGAGAACGAGGAACCCCAAGAGGAAGGAUUUGAUUUUGGUGAGAUCGUCAUUCAUCAGGUCAUCCACACCAUUGAAUUCUGCUUGGGUUGUAUUUCCCAUACCGCCAGUUACCUUCGUCUGUGGGCUUUAUCACUUGCUCAUAACCAGCUUUCAACUGUUCUGUGGAAUAUGACUUUAGCUAACGCUUUUCAAAUGACCGGAGUUGUAGGCUCCAUCUUUAUUGUAAUUCUCUUUGCAUUUUGGUUUAUAGUUACAUGCCUUGUUUUGGUGGCUAUGGAAGGUACUAGUGCCAUGCUUCACAGUCUUCGUCUACACUGGGUGGAAGGUAUGUCAAAACACUUUGAAGGUGAAGGCUACGCUUUUACUCCUUUCACCUUUUUGCAAUCGGCGGCAGAGUGAACAAAAACAAGUUUCCUUUGAUUUUUAAUGUUCCAAAAAUGGAGAUAAAUUAAUAAUUUGCUUUUAAUUCAAUAUAUACGUUUUCCCAAAUAGUACACGGCUAUUGAUUGUGUGAUAGAGAACUCAUCUAGAUUUUUUAUAAUACUCAUUGUAUAUUCGCA